AUGCCACACCUCAGGAAUAUAGGAGUGGCUGAGCUGGAUCAAGCUUUGCGAUCUAGGGUCGAGGCAAUGGCAGAUUCCUCGGCAGCAGAUCCUGUGUAUGAAGGAGAUACUAUUCAGCUUUUUUGUUGCGAGGCAAAAGGAUUUGUGUAUGCACUAUCCCCAAGUUCAAGUCACAGCUGUGUCACUAUCUUGCCAGUCUCAAACCCCGAGCGACAAGCUCAACUAAGAGAUCCUGCCAUUCCAAAUGUUCAUUUUGCAUCAUUCCAGGUCUUAGCUGAAAAUGUCAACAUCAACCUCAAAAGAACAUCACCAUUGGAAGUCCCACGGAGGAAUCAAGAUUUUUUAAGACGUAGCUUAGUAUAUGGAAGAAAAGUGAAACUUCUUCAUGUUGCUUCUAAGAUGUAUCUUUCAUCAAGUGUUGCUGAAAGUGACUCUCCUAUUAAUAAAACUGUGACGUUGGUCAAUGAAUUUAAAAAGGAGAAUUGUUUGUUUCGCAUACUUCCUUCUAGAACAAAUAAGCAUAGAGGAGAAGAUGUACUGCCUCAGGAUCACAUUAAGCUUGAGUCAGUUUCAGACAAAGGGCAUCACGUACUCUGUGCAUUGAAUUCACUUUCUUCAAGGUAUGAGCUUAAAAUGGCAGUCACAGAUUCUAUAUUUAUAAUUUCGUCGCAGUCAAGUAGUCAUGUAAAAUUACCACACAAAGCAAUGCGGGGCUGUGAUGUUGUGAUGUUGUUUAAUUAUAAACGUGAAGGCUAUCUUGCUGGACGUGGAUCAAUAGUAACAGAAGUAUUGCCUGAUGCAGUCAAGGAAGAUGUCAUUACAGAAGUUGGAGCUAGAAAGAGAGAGUCAGUCCAUGGGAUACAAAAGGCUCCUCCACUCUCUGGUGACUGUUUCUGGCAGCUGGAGAAUGCAAAAGCACCUCUUAGUGGUGAUCAAUUCAAGUAUGGAGAUCACUGUCGCAUCAAACACUUACCAACCCAGCAGUAUUUAUCAGUAGGGGAGAACAUGAAGUUAACGUUAAAAAAGUUGGAGGCUGGUAUGCCCAUUGAUCCAGAGACAACUUUCAGUUUAGUGUCAGUUCUUGGAAAAAAGGCUGGCAUAAAUAAAGGUAGUUAUGUUGAAAUUAGGCACGUCCAGUCGGGGAAAAACCUAUCAGUUCAGACAAAGGUCUAUUUGCAAAGGGCAAAUUCAGAGGCAAGUCCUGAGCCAGUUUCAAAAAGCAAAUGGUUGAAGCUUGGUCUUGAAGAUAGUGAUCAAUCUAGUCAUCAAUACUUUCACAUUGAAGAGGUUAAUCCUGAUGUCAUUCAUGAGUAUUAUCAUAUAUCAGGCGUUACUGCUGUAUUGAAGGAAUACAUGCAAAAGUUUACUGCUGAUUCAACUCCUCCUUCAUUUGAUGAGCCUCUUGAAGUAUUGCAGAAACUAUCUCAAUGGUUGAAAGGAGAAGGGAGUGAGAAGACUAGAGCAAAUAUGCUUAGAAUAUCACAGGGUGUUGAUUUGCUGCUUGGUUUUCUUCAUAAAUUGGAACCUUUUCCAGACACCAAAGAAUUGAAACAAAUGAGGAGAAAAGUGUCAUUAGUCUUGCAAGCAUUUUUGCAUUCUGCAAACAAAAAGAGUCACCUUUACCUGGCAGAGAAAAGAUUCAUGGACGUGCUCUUUAAACAGAUAGGUUGUAAUUCUGGUGUUGAGGGAGUUCUCAGCAGUUUAGUGAAAGAUGAAAGUUCAAUCACCAGUAAAGUGGUAAAGAGAUUAACACAGAAUCAAGAUGUUAUUGAGCAAAUUAAAAAGAACCUGGAUGCACCUAUUCUUGACUUCUUGAGUACACUCUGUUUUACAGCUGGAAAACCAGUUCGAUCUUUGCAGAAUGUCAUAUUUGAUAAGAUUGUUAUGGAUGCAGAGAAGUCUUUUAUACGUACUAAAGUAGAAGAUGGUGUCAUUUGCUUUACUCGUCCACAAGGAAUAGCUGGACCAGUAUCCAGGAUCUGCUCAAAAACAACUUAUACAACCAAAAAGAAAAAAUUUGAGUUUUUUAUUGCACAACUAAAGCUGUUGAGUCGAAUUUGCAAAGGUGUAAAUCUUAAAACCAUUGAGCAGAUUUGUAAAAUUAAGAAGAUGGUGACUUUUGAGGAAGCACUUAUUUGUAUUAAUGACAGUGAUUAUCACCCUCUACUGCAAUCAGCUUAUCUUGAUUUCAUUGUGUCCGCCUAUGUUGAUCGCAAUGUCGAAGAGAGUGGAACUGAUAUUGACAAUGUUUGGCACUCAUUUUAUUGGAAGAUGGUGGGUCCUAAGGCAGCCAGUUUUGGAGAUACUUUUGAUGUCAUACCAGACAAGACUGAGAUAAAGGAACUGCAGUCAAGCAUAAGAUCUUAUUUGAUUCAAGUUAAGAUAUUGUACUCUAAAGAAGAAAUUGAAGGCAACAAUGAACUCUUGAGUCAAAUGUUAUCAGUAAUGCAUCCACUUGUUGCUUAUAUUUUUUACUGGGAUGAUUCUGAUAUUAAUGAAAUAACAAAAUGUUUGAUUAGUAUCAUUGAUGGGAACCAUGAUCGCCCAUCACCAAAUGCUACUCCUGAACAAGUUGUCAAUUAUCAGCAAAAAAGGCGAUACAAGAACAUUGAAAAGAACCAAAGACUCUUUGAUGUUAAAACAAAAGCUGUUCACAUCCUUCACCUUCUAUUCAAGAUAUUGACUUACACUACAUUAGGGAAAUUGAUGUUUGAUUUCAAGUUUUUGCAAUCUAAACCCGAGAUAGCAUCUGAUGAUGACUAUACACCUGUCAAUGACUCACUUGGUGCACUCCUCAAUCCAGACUAUAGACUUAGUGAACAAGAUCCACAGAUAAUUGAAGUGGCCAGGUCCAGAUUGAGGAAUAUAUUUCGUGAACGAGCUUACAAGAGUUUUGAUGUGAAUGAAGGGGAUGGACAAGGCCUUGUUAAGAUACUCUUAGACCUAAUGAAGUAUGAAGAUGAUGAUCUGAGACUAUCAAGCGCCUUAUUGCUUUUCGAUAUCUUUCAAAAAGAAAAUAUAUUAUUACGUGAUGCAGCAAUAUCGUAUAUAGUCACUCCUCCUUCAGGCCCGGUUUUUGGCAGUAUGAUAAGGUAUGGUUGUUUUGCUGAUGAAAAUGAGGCCGGUGAGUCUCGAAAACUCUUAUUGAGAUUACUACAAGGACAAGCCAUUGAAAAACCAGAUGAAGAUGAUUCACUACAUAGCGAAGUUGUUGCUGCUCUUAAAUGUAUUAAAGCUGUAUGUACAAUUGAUGAUGAUGAGACACAACCACACACGUGUAAUCAGGGAAUAGUUUUCAGCACUGGUGUAUUUUCUGCUAUAUUGGCAUAUGUUCAGUUAUAUUCCUCCACUAAUUUCACUGAGCAUGUUCCACUCCUGAAGCUUUCUUGUAGUUGCUUGCAAGCAAUUGCACGCAGAAAUGACCAGGUACAAAAGAAAGUGUUCCUUAGCUUCAUUGAUUUCAUUGAUGCUAAAAUUGCUAUUGCACCACUAGCUCGUCUCAUGUCUGAAACUCUUUCUGGUAAUCCUUCAUUGUGUCGCCAGCUCUCUGAGGGUGACAUAGCACAUUUGUACACAGUGGCUGCCACUUCCAGCAAUCCUGAGCACUAUGAGUUCUUUACCGUAUUAGAAACUGUCAUAAAACCUUAUAAGUCAAGUAAGGGAGUCCCACUCAUAAUGAAGAAUUAUCAAGAGCUGAUUGCAAAGACAGUCUCAGAGCACAGUGAGGAGCACUUUGGUCAAAUACUUAUGGGUAAUGCUCAAGAGGAGAGAUUAGCAGCACUUAAGGCUGAUGAACCUACUGAUUGGUUAUUGCAAUUGUUAGCAGUAUCAGAUUUACUGGCAAGUACAACAGAAGGACUCUGUAAGUAUGCUGAAGAUGCAGUUCAAAAAAUAUUCUCACUGGAUGAACUAGUCAUAAUUGUCAGUAAUCCAGACAUUGAAUUUGACAGAAGGAAACCUUUUGCUUGUAUCCUUAAUGAAGGUUACAUAAAUACAGAGAGAGAUUCACUUGUCUCUAUUGCAGCCUUGUCAAAGAACAAUACUUUCUGGGGUCAUUUAGAGGAAUGUGCUGAACUAAUUAAAAUGAUACAAGAUAAGUUGAGGGGGAAAGAAAUUGGACUGGAGAGAAUAAAGAUUCAAGUUCGCAUCUUGUUCAAGCAACACUCAAGCUUCACUGAAUGGAGAGAGAGGAGUAAAGAGUUUAAUGACACACUUGAAUACAAUGAGAAAUCAAUAUUAGUAUCAUCUGUGCUAGGCUACUUGAUUGACGGGAUGAUUCCACUAGUCACUUCAUUCUGUACGCAAUUAGGAGCUACCACUAGUAAAGGAUUAUCCAGUCAGACAUACUCUAGUUUACUCACUCCUCCCAUUAUUGCUGUCCUCAAGAAAUUCACUGACUCAGUAGUGGGCUUAGUGCAAUAUUGUUCUGGAGCAUUCCUUACUAUGCCUGAAAUGACUCAAUAUUGGACCAAAUUCAUGGACAUUGUGGUCUUCAUGCUACCUUCUGAUCAGAUAGCAGAAUUGAAUGAAGUGAGAGAAAAUGUCCUAGUUAAUGAAGACUUUUUUAUAAGUCCUGCUCUGAGAGAAGUGGAUGAAAAGCUUGGAGAAGAGAUCAGACUAAACGAGCAAUUUCAAACUUUUAUUGUUAACUUUAAAACCACAUACGAAGGAAGCAUUGCAGAAACCAACCAGGAGGGCUUCAUUCCUAAUGAAGAAACUGAUCUGGUACCAGCUGGACCCAGCUUCCAGGAGCUUGUUAGAAUUUUUUCUGAUGACUUUGAUAGUUCUGGAAAAACUGAAAAAGCAGAAAAUCUACUGCAAUUAAUGAAUGUCUUGUACAGGCAGCUCCGGCAGCCUUUGACAUCAAAUGAGAGAACCAAUGUUGACUUUGUUAUCCUCACGUCACUCCAGGUUUUAUGUGGUCUGUUGCACACUAGAAUAGACAGUGUGGACCCACAGCUACAGAAAUCAGAUCCAUCAUUAUUCGAAGAGGAAUACUGUAAAAAGAUUAAACCUCUUCAAGAUGCUCUUGUUGAUUUAAAAUCACAUGAGAAGGUCAGUGUUCAUUUGGCUCAUCCAAAGGAUGACAUUGCUAUUCAAGUUUUUGCAUUUUUACGGGCACUUCUAUACCUUGGCAAUGAGAAUGCUCAGAAAAAGAUAGGCAAUACAUCUGUCAACAAAGACACAAAGUUUUUCGUUAGACUCAAUCAACUACUUGCAAGUGUCAUUACCAGCAUUGGUCAUCCACUAACAAGGCAGUUGAAAUUUCAGCAUCAGUUCUCGCAUUCUAUGUCUCACCUGCCUCCUCCUCCAACUGAUAGCAUAAAUCUAGAAAUGUUCAAAGGUCUUGAAGAGGGAGAGGCUGAUCAGCAGACUAAGUCAAGGCGAGGAAUGUCAAUGGUGUCAGGUAGUGAGCCGCCUGGUUUACCUGGAACUGAUGGAGGAGAAGAUGAAACUGAUUUUGGUGGUCACCUUCUGCAAAGGAACAUUCGUGCAUUUACAAUAGAAGGAGCUGGACAGCUGGAAACAAGUGAAUCUGAUGCUAAGAAAAGAGCUAGCGUGGUCCUCGAUGUGGUCUCAUGGCUUUGUGAUGGUCAGAAUCAGGAAAUGCAGAAUUUAUUGAGAAAACAAGAAAAUACAUUCUCUAGUGUAAAUAUUGUUGGUGUGGUUGCUGUACUGUUUCAAACUCUAGCUGAAAACUUUAAUGAUAGAACCAUCAGUUCUGCAAAGAAGGCAAUCCAAGCACUCAUUGAAGUUUGUGCUGGCAACUAUACAAAUCAAGAAGUUGCUUUCAAGGGUCAAAUAGUCGACUCGAUUAACAUUAUACUUCGUUGUGAAGAGAUACAUGCAAACAGUUUACCACAAGAAGAUGUUGAACUAAUGAGCGUCAAAGCUUCAGCUAUUGAAUUACUAGAAGUAAUGAUUGAAGAAACAAAUGCCAACAGCAAAACGCUGGCUCAGGGCAUUGCACAGGAUUUAUCAGUAGCAGAUGUAAUGUCAACUAUGAAAGAGUUUUGGAUAAUAGUUGAUCAAGAUUGGGGCAUGGACAAAACUGAGUCAGAAAGAGCAAUGUUCAGAGCAUAUCAUGUACUGAAGAAGAUUGCUGAUUAUACUGGGAAAUCAAUUGACAGUUAUGUUGACUUUCAUGCCAAUUACAAAGAAGAUGAAGACAUGAAGGACCUUUGGAGUCAUUUGCGUGACUCCUCAAGGAGCAUUGAAGUUAAUUAUGUGACAAAGAAUGAUGAAGAGAUUCUAACAAAAGUUUAUUUUCCAUUUUCUCCUUCCAAAGAACUAACAGAAACAGAUAAAGAUGUAGUGAAGAACAACAUCAGGCGAGACUCACCAGAAGACAAAGUUAAAGAUCUCCUGGAGUGGAUGGAGUCAAUAAGAAAGAACGUUAGACACAAAGCUAAGAUUAAACAGAAGUGGUACUUAAAAUGGGCCGUGGCAGCAUCAGGACUGAGGAAUUUCCUGCUUACCAUCUUAACAUUGCUGCUCAAUUUGUUUGUUGUUGACAAAUUGAACUACUGCUUUGUGUGUGGUAUUGAUAAUGAUACUUUUGAAAGAAAAGGGAAAGGAUUUCGUGAUCACGUACUGAAUGAUCACCACAUGUGGAAUUAUGUGUAUUUUCUGCUUCAUCUUGACUCCAUGCAUCCCAAUGAUCACAAUGCACUGGAGAAAUACAUCAAUGACAAUAUUGAAGGUCGCAAAAUUGGCUUCUUUCCAUUGCGUAAAGCCAAAAUAUUAGGAGGAAAAGUAGACGAGUCAGCUGUGCAGAAAUCUUAA